GUUGGCCCUUUGUCGGAUUGCUUCAACGAUGGCCACAACUAUGGUUUUGCGGACGAGGAAAAGAUAUUCAAUGGUGAAAACGCGAACUGUGAACGGUUCCCAUACAUGGCAAGUUUGAGGAGCUAUUACGACGACCACAGAUGCGGUGCGGUGCUCAUCAACCGCAGGGCACUCAUAACAGCUGCGCAUUGUGUCCACGAAAAAGAUGUACGCAAGACAGACGCAACUGAUAUGGUAACCAGGAACAGACUGGUGCACAUCGGAGCUUGCAGGACAAACGACAGGGGGGGCAACAGGACCCAGGUAAGUCUGAAAUCGCGUUUCAGGCAUGGUGUCACUUCGCCGCGAUGUCGCUCGCAAUUAUAUUUUUCUAUUCGUUUUACUGUUGCUGACACAUUUUUUUGCCUCACAUCCAUAUUUGAGCAUUCUACCUGGACCUGUUCAUCACCUUGGAAACGUUCAUAA